AACCCAAAUUUAUCACAUCAUUCCAGCAAUAAAAUCAGUUGUUUUGACUUUACCAAAUUGACUGUUUAUGGAAUUUAAAUACAUUAAAAUUAAUUCAUAACAGUGAAAACAGAUAGAAAUAGUGCCUCACAAUUUCAAGGCGAUGAAUGAAAAUGCUGCCGUCUGUCUCAGCAAAAUGUUAGGGGUUCGGAUGAUAUUUGCUGAUGGACACUUUCCCAUUACAGGAUUUUGAAGCAUGAAGAAGGAGCAAGUUGUUAACUGUCAGUUUUCGGUUUGGUAUCCGAUAUUCAAGAAACAUACGAUUAAAAGUCUGAUUCUCCCACUGCCUCAGAAUGUAAUAGACUAUUUACUGGACGAUGGGACACUGGUAGUCUCUGGGAGUGACAAUAACACACAGCAGACACACACUAACAAUAGCGACUCAGAUGCAGAGGAAGAUAUUCAGUGGUCAGAUGAUGAGGCAACCACAACUGUCACAGCUCCUGAAUUCCCAGAAUUCACCUCUAAAGUGCUGGAGGCCAUAAAUGCCCUUGGUGGGAGCGUCUUUCCCAAACUCAACUGGAGUGCUCCUUGGGACGCUAACUGGAUUGCUCUAAACAGUUCCCUGCAGUGUCAUAGCCUCAGUGAUAUAUUUCUGCUCUUCAAAAGUUCAGACUUCAUCACCCACGACCUCACGCAGCCAUUCCUUCAGUGUAAUGACCAGGACUCCCCAGAUCCAGUCAUCAAAUAUGAGCUGGUCCUGAGAAAGUGGAGUGAGCUGAUUCCUGGUGGAGAGUUUCGCUGCUUUGUCAAAGAAAACAAAAUGAUAGCUAUAUCCCAGAGAGACUACACUCAGUAUUACCAGCACAUCUUGAAGCAGGAGGAUCAGAUCUGUCAGGCCAUACAGGAGUUCUUCAGCCAGCACAUCCAGUACAACUUCCUAGACGAAGACUUUGUGUUUGAUGUCUACAGAGAUAGCCAGGGGAGGGUUUGGCUGAUUGACCUGAACCCAUUCGGAGAGGUGACAGACUCACUGCUGUUCAGCUGGGAGGAGCUGACGUCUGGAGGAGAAAUCGCCCACCAGCAGGAGGGCCCUGCAUUCCGCUACACCACCAGAGAGGUGACGGUGCAGCCCAGUCCCUGUCUGAGCUACAGAAUCCCACGGGACUUUGUGGACCUCUCUACUGGAGAAGACGCUUACAAACUCAUCGACUUCCUCAAACUGAAGACGAGCCAGCAAGAAGAGUCUGAGGAGGAGGAAGACGAGGAGAACGCUCCACAGUUCCCCUGAAACCUGAAGAAAAGCUGCUAGUGUUAACAGUCCUCAAUAUAAUGUUUUUCUGCAUGAAAUGACUCUUUACACUCUGUCCUUUUUUACCUUAUUUUUUACUUCAGCACAUUUCUUCUCACGCUCUCCUCGCAACAUUAUGUGCUGUACCAGGGUUUCUAAAAUAACUCUCUCAUGUUAGUUAAAUGGGACAUGUUAAAUUAACGGAUCAUUUUAACGGCUCUUUGAGGAUUAAUUUUCUGUCGACUCGUUCCCUGCCUCUGACACUGCUGAGAGCUGUCUUGCCAAUCGUAAUGGUUCUGUGAGACGGACAGAGGGAGGUCUUUGCAAUGUCAAAUGGUCUCUUAUUUCAGUUUUGGUGAAAUUACUUGUUUUUUAUUGGGUUUUUUUAUUGUGUUACUGCAGGGGGAUGUAUUCACUAACUCUGUAAAAAAAAUGCCUGCUUUUAUACUUUAAAAUAAGUGUGUAUAUUAGUUUAUGUAUCUUCAUUUCGGCCCAAAUUGUGUCUCUGGAUUUAAAAUUAACCAGUCCACACACAUAUUUCAUUAUACCUCUGUGAUUGUGUGUUAUGAGGCUGUGACAGACCAAUUUAUUUAACGCUAAAGCUGGUCAUCACUGAGUAACCUUUAAUUCUUCUUCCCAGCCAUCCCUGCCAAUUCAUCUAUCCCUGCCAAUUUCCUCAGUUUUGACACACUCAUUGCUCCAAGCUUCUUUGGGCAUUCUUUUCAAGUCCUGUUUUUCUCAUCAGGCAUUGCUGUAGACUGUUGCUCCAAAAAACACCAUUAAAUUUCUUGUUGUGGAUUGA